AAUUAUAAUACAUAGCUUCCCUUGGACGGCUGUUUACAAGAAUUGUAGCCAAUACAAUCCUUGUUAGUAUAUUUUGAAGAAUUCCAUUUUUGAAUAUCAAAUUUCUGAAAUUACACGCAAUUAUGAAGUCUUUUGAUACCUCUCCGGGGAGAUGCUUUUCUUCUCCACAGCAUGAUGACAAUUUACUACACAAAAGCAUUUCUGUUGAUGCCUAUACAUACACCAACACAGCUAUUGCAGAAAAGGAAAUUGCCACCAAGGGCACAGGAAAAAGCAGAAGUUUUACACAUAGGAUUCAUGACCAUGUAAAAAUGGGUCCUAAUCUGUCUGAGAUUCUGAAGGGUAAGUUGAGUUUGGGGGCAAGGAUUAUACAAGAAGGAGGAAGAGGGAGCAUCUUCAAGAGUGUUUUUGGGAUGCAAGAAAAAGAGCAAUUGUUAAAGGCCUCUCAGUGUUAUUUAUAUACCACAGCUGGUCCUAUUGCUGGAAUUCUCUUUGUCUCAACUGAAAAGGUUGCAUUUUAUAGUGAAAGGCCCAUAACCUUCUCUUCUGCGACAGGAGAGUUAGUCAGGGCACCUUACAAGGUUUUGAUACCAAUAGGGAGAAUAAAAGAGGUGAAUGAAAGCCAGAAUGUGAACAAGGCAGAACAGAAGUACAUAGAGAUAGUGACUGAGGAUGAUUCUGAAUUUUGGUUUGUGGGAUUUUUGCGGUAUGAGAAAGCUCUCAAGAAUCUCAAUAAAGCCAUUUCCAUGGCCAAUCAAUUCUGAAAGAGGAAAAUUAUUGUUAGCUUCCUAGAUUUUUAGAGAUAUACAUAAGUUUUUUUUUUUUUUUUUUGUAGGUUAAGUUUUGUAAUGUGAAUAUUGAGAUGUUUUGCAAUCUGAUGUUCUAACUUUAUGGUUGUUGCCUGUCCUGCAAUAUUUCAUCCCUUAUCUCUUGGGGAUUAAGAGCUUCUAGAGUUCUAGUGACUAAGCUGUAUGCCACAGAAAAAGACAUCAGUGUUGUCCAUAGUGGGAGGUGGUGAAUGCAAAAUGGCUUAGAACCGUGUCAAAUAGGGACCAAAUGUAGAAAAUCGGAAUACAACAGCUAGCCAAUAAUGAAGGUCAAGCACAUGUAAUGCUACAUGUAGUGCUAUUGAAUUUUUUUUAUUUUA